AUGACGCACCCGCCGUCCCAACGGCGCGUCGUGCCCGUCGCGUCCGAAUCCAACCUCCGCGGGCUUGCGCAGCAAAAAGACGUUCAAAAGUGGAAGCUCGACGACUGCAUCGAACCGGUGAUCCUUCCAGCCGACAAAGCUAGUACUAUCCAUGUCUGGGCGCUUGGCUUUGUAUGUGUCAUUGGCGGCCACCUCUACGGCUGGAACGAAGCGCUUCAAACCGGGUUUUUGCCAUUCGCGCUUUCCCAGAUCGUCACGGGCGCCGCGUACGUGGUCUACGUCACGUCGAUCGCCGAGGUCUCGUGCAAAGUGCCGUUUGCCGGCGUUUCGUACAGUCUCACGCGCAUUACGCUCGGGUUCUUUUGCGGUUUUGUCGUCGGAUUCGUCGAGCUCCUUGAAUACGUGGCGUCCGCAGCGUGCUCGGUGGGCUACGUUGCCGACUUCGUCACGGCGGCCUUCGCGUGGGACGACCAUUGGAAGCCAUUGAUCUGGUUUGUCUUCUACGCCGUCUCGAUCGCCGUCUUUCAGCUGCCAGGACGCAUCUACUGGCGACUCAUGGUCCUCUUUGCAUUCGUCUGCGCCAUCCCGAUGCUGCUCGUUGUCGUCGCCGGGUGCAUGUACGGCGACUUGGCGCAGAACGGCGCGUAUCGCGACGACCCGCUCGCGCCUGUCUGGGCGACUGGCACCAUCACGACUGCGUAUUUUGCGUGGCUGCCCUACACGACGUGGGGGUACGCCGGCGUUGAGUCGCUCACGCUCAUCGCCGGCGACACAAAGGAACCAAAGCGCACGUUGCCACGCGGCAUGCUAUGUGCGGUCGUGACGCUUUUCUGCUCUAACAUGUCGAUGGUGUUCGUCGUGCCGUCGCUGCCGCCGGGGAUUGCCUCGGCGGUGAAUGCCACCUUUCCACUCAACAACGGGCUCGGGAUGCUCGGUAUCUCGGAGACCGUUGGCCAGUGGUUGAUUCUACCCGCCCAAAUGGGCAUGGCGGCGGGCUUUUUUCUGCAGUACGCGCACUUGACGCAGUCGCUCGCGAACUCUAACAUGCUGCCGGCGUGCCUCGGCCUCAAGAACCAGGCGACGACGUUAAAGCCCAUGGUCGCCGCGUCCGCGUUUGGGUACCUCCUCUGUACGCUCUCGCACCUGAGCCCCGCGUUUGAAAAGGCCUUACAAAACCUCUUUCUCUUGGCCGCGACGUUUUGCUACAGCGCGCAGCUCAUUGGUUUCGGCAUGCUUCGGACAACGUACCGCUGCGACUCGAAAGAAUUCACAAGUCCGUUCGGUAUUCCCGGCGCUGUGUUUGCCGGUAGCGUCUACUUGCUGCUCGCGCUCUCGAUUGCCGGAGGUUUUCAGGGUGACGACGGUGUCGCGGUCGCGUCGUUUGCAGCGUUUCUACUGCUGCUCUUGAUCUACUACCACACCGUGUGCAAGUCAACACAGACGCUCACCAAGGACGAGUACGCGGCAGUCUUCAAAUUCUCCGUCAUCAAGUACAACGCCGCACGAUUUAGCAAGUCGCGCUCGCACCGCCGGAGCCCAAUCACCAAGACGAUUGCGUGGGCCGCGGGCCUCGUCGGCGAGUCCAAAGCUACUAUGGUCAAGUGCCCCGAGGCAAAGACGAUCACGGUCAAGACCCAACGCAGUCUCGCACAGCUCGCACCCCACGACGCAACCGGCAACUCCCAACGCGUUGAUCGCUGCCUUGGAUGUGUAAAAUAA